UUGACCGUUUUUCUUUUUCAAAAACCCACACCCCAAGGCUCAAGCAAUAAAGGCGAAUCAGAUCAGACGCGCACAUUCAUAUUCAACGGGAGUCAUGGCUUCGAACGCCAAACUGAAUCUCACGCUGCUCGCCCUCCUCAUCACCACUGCUACCGUUGCAACCGGAUACACCAACCACACCGUUGGCGGUGACGCUGGCUGGUUCUUCGAUUCUAACACGAUUACAUCCGCCACUAAUUACUCGUCUUGGGCUGCUAAUCAAACUUUCAAUCUUGGUGACUAUCUCAUAUUUAGGAGCAGUACAAAUCAGACGGUGAUCGAGACCUACAAUGAGACGACGUAUCGGAGCUGUGUAACGGACGAUGCUUCAGACACCGAUACCUUCCAAUACGGCGGAGGCAACACAGACUUCGGCCAAUCGUUGACCAUUGCGGUGCCGUUGACCAUUGAGGGCACAAACUAUUACUUCUCAGACGCUGAUGAUGGUAUCCAAUGCCAGCAAGGCAUGGCAUUCGAGAUCCUCGUCAAUCACGGCAUUGGAUUGCCCCCCAGCCUCAACCAGCCUCCUCCUCCUCCCUACAUCGAGCCGCCCGGUGGGGACUUAGCUCAGUCUCCACCAAUCACGAUUACCGGUGGGUCACCAUCGUUAAAUAACGGAGCCAUGGGCGGCGGCUUUGACUCACGAGCGAUGCUGUGUUCACUUCUCAUUGGUGUUGCAGGGUGUUUGAUGUUCUAAGAAUCUAAAGCGGUAGUUUGGUUCCAUGGUUGUCGGCCGAUCAGGACUUGUUCGAUGUGUUUGCUUGUAGGAUUAGGGACAUAUUUCCAAUGGAUGGCCUUUUUUCUCUUAGGAUUAUGAAGGCAUAAAUUCUUUUUGUUGAUUUUGUAAUUUUUAAACAGCAAUGAAUCAUAUGGAGUACCAUAUACUAAAUUUGAAGAAAACAAUAUAUAGGCGCAAAGUAUGAAGACAAAAAUCGUUAGUUUUCAAAGGAAAAUAUCCUAUUAAUCGUUUAAUUGAUGGAUUAAUUUCGUUUGUCUUAUCUUUUCCCUAGCUUAACGGUUUAGGUACAAUUUAAUUUGUUUGGCUUUGUGGCCACUUUUUGUCCACACCUUUCCUGCGUGGGGUUUAGGAAAACCAUUAUGAAAUCACUUCGUUAUUAUUGGGACAUGUAGGCAUUAUGGUUAAUUUCAUAUUUGGUCAUGGAUUAUAGGAAAUUGUCAAAUAUGGUAUCUAUAUUUAUAAAAUAUGCAAUGUGGUGUAUGUACUAAUCAUUCAUGUAUCAAUGUGUAGUCCACUUUAUA